AUGGGCCAUUCUACCAAGGACACUACUGUUGUAGUGUCAGUGCCUGCCCCAUGCGCCCAGGAGGCCGAAAAAUCAGCCCAGUUCAGCGAAUAUGAACAUUCGCUCGGGUUCUGGGAGGCUGUCAAGCUGCAUUGGCCAGCUGUUGUAUGGGCUAUGUUUAUCAACCUGGCGACAAUCCUCAAAGGCCUGGACGGAGGCAUUGUCGGCAGUCUCGUUGGCCUGGAACCAUUCAAGAAAACCUUCGGUUACGAGUACCAGGGCAAACACAUCAUCGCAGCCCAUUGGUUGUCCACGUUCAACUACGCCAACCUACUGGGUGCCAUAGUCGGCGCCCUCCUUUCAGGGUUUGCAUACGACCGAUUCGGUCCGCGGCUGAUGAUGGUCAUAUGUUCGAGCUGCUCUAUUGCAUUCAUCUUUAUCCAGUUCUUCAGCCAUACUCCGGCUCAACUCUUUGUCGGAGAGCUAAUCAACGGAUGCAUCAUUGCAUUUUACCCUAUAUGCGCCUCUGCAUAUGUUGGAGAAGUGAGCCCACUAGCUUUACGCGGAUUUGCCGCGUCCAUGACGAACAUCGCCUUUGUCAUUGGCCAGUUCAUCGCGUCCGCUAUCCUGAAAGGUGCAAAUGGCAUGAACAGUACCUGGUCAUGUAAAAUCCUCAUUGCAACCCAGUGGGCUCUUCCAGCCGUGAUGCUCAGCUUGAUCUUCUUCUGUCCAGACCCACCCUACUGGCUUUGCAAAAAGAAACGCCACGAAGCCGCCGAAAGGUCACUGGGUCGUCUAGCUACCCCGGGAGUUGACGUCAGUUUAAAACUGGCUCAUAUCAAGGAGACUCUGCGGCUCGAAGAGAAUUUCCAAGGUGAGCGCCCCCGCUACCUGGACUGUUUUCGAGGCCCCAACUUCCGGCGCCUCGUCAUUUGCGUCAUGGCAUAUGACAUGCAAGCGUUCACCGGGAAUAUCUUCUUUAUCAACUACGCGGUAUACUUCUUUGAGAUGGCGGGCCUGGACUCGUCGAAUGCGUUCUCCAUGAAUCUUGGACUGACAUCCAUUGGAUUCGUGGGGACGUGUAUGGCGUGGCCACUGCUGUCCUAUAUCGGGUGUCGCACUGCUUAUCUAUGGAGCUGUAUGGUUCUGGCCGUGCUGCUGUUCAUCAUCGGCGUCUUGGAUCUAGCUCCACGGCACACUUCGGCCCCGGUCUGGGCACAGUGCGCCUUGAUGCUGGUGUGCAACUUCGCAUACGAUCUGACUAUUGGGCCGUUUUGCUUUGUCCUUCUGGCUGAGGUAUCGUCAGCCAAACUCCGGGGUCUUACCAUUGCGUUGGCAACGGUGACGUGCCAUAUAUUUUCAAUUAUCUUCUCGGUGGCUAUUCCCUAUGCUAUGAAUGAGGAUGAAGGGGGCUGGAGAGGGAAGUUGGGGUUUUUGUUUGCGGGGCUUAGCUUUUUGUGUGCCUUGUAUUGCUUCUUUUGUCUUCCUGAGACCAAAGAUCGGACUUUCGAAGAGCUGGAUAUUUUGUUUGAGAGGAAGGUUCCGAGCCGGAAGUUCAGGGACUAUGAGAUUCACCUGGCAGUGGGUGAGCUGGGACAAAAGUAG